AAAGAAAUUGGGGCGCAGAUAAAUAGUGCUGGUUUGUGUUGCUUUCUGAUAAGACUGGAAAAGGAAGCGUGAUUUGCUCUACUUUAACGUUUUAGAGCACAGAGUCAGGUCGAUGAAUCCAUGAUAACUUGCAGCCAUGAUAAUUUGUGGGUUCCCUCGUAAAUUUUCUUUCAGCAGAAGUGACAAAAAUUUGCACCUGAGGGUUACUUGCGCUAAAUUUGGAUAUUAGCCAAUUCAUAAUCUCAUAGAACUUAAACCGUGACUUACGUAGCGGAAGUCUGUAAGCCAAAUUAAGGCUUUCUGGGUCAUGCAAAGACCCGUUUUGCAUUUACUGGGCAUAAGGGAGGCGAAAGGGCAAUCCGUACACGAGUGUAACACUUUUUUUCUCCCGGAUGAACGUGGGUGGCAAAAAAAUUUGUCAAUUUGUCACUUCUUAGGUCGUUGGAUCAUCACAAGCCAUUGCGACAAUCAAUCUGAUGCCCUCAGCUUUGACUGACGCAAAACUCUCACGUUCUCGUUCCAGUUGUGUAUGACAAAAUGUUUGCUUUGUAAGUACUAACGACAAUAUCAUCUUUUUUAUAUAUUGACUGCCGCCAUCGAAUGGAGACCGCAACUUCGUCCGCAUCGUUCUCCAAUACCACCGCUUCUUCGGUUGCCGAUUCAAUGUCGGUCGCCUCACUGCUGUCAGUGGUCGCUAUGGGUUGCACAAUGGUGUUUGCAAUUUUCGGUAACGUCCUGGUGAUUUUGGCUGUGCAACGCAGAAAAAACCUACGAACUACGGCUGCCAUUCUUGUAGUGAACCUAGCUUUGGUGGAUCUAUCGAUAACCGUUUCAAUCGUGCCGUUUGUUAUGACGCUAGCUGUUACGCAAGAAUGGGUUUUGCCUUGGGUAAUGUGUCGACUAACGGGCUUCAUAAAUGCUUUCUUAACUGCUGGUCAAAUGAUGGCCCUGCUUCACAUCAGUGUGAACAGAUAUAUUGCUGUGGCCUACCCUCACUCGUAUGAAACUCGUUGCAAUAAGCGAGGCACUAUAUGUACUGUGGUGCUAGGAUGGUUGUAUUCUCUAGUCUGGACUUCGCUUCCGUUUUAUGGAUGGGGCAAGCUCGGAUUCAUACAAGGCACUCUAUUUUGUAACAUACUAUGGUCCGCGAAUAUGGCUUACGCGAUCACUGUGCACGUUAUGUGUUACUUUAUACCUUCUAUUCUCAGCGCAGUGUUGUAUCUAGGAGUCUACAAACAUGUACGAUCGCAUGGGAAGCGGUUAUUUCAGAAAACAUUGAGCUUAGAAUUGACACAGUAUUCAGACAAGAAAAGAACUGAAUCUACAAUUAGUCGAAGCAUCGGAGAGGACAACGCACCCAGAACUGUGUCCUUUGAUAAUCUUGCUGUAUCAACAGAGAACAUUAUUGACGCUGGAUUUACGGAUCUUGGCGAACAUUCUUCGGCGUCCACUCGAGCGAAACGAAGCAGACGUCGUAAAUUAAUGGAAGCCCGAGUCACAAAAGUCCUUCUUGCAGUUGUUAUGGCGUUCGUCUGUUGUUGGAUUCCGCGUGGAAUCGCGAACCUAUGGGCGAUCUUCGAGAGCCGCGAAGCCGUCCCACGCGCGCUUGAGUACAGCUCGACCGUCUUGGUGUUUUUCAAUGCGGCAGUGAACCCUGUGUUAUACGGCGCUUUGCAUCAAGAUUUUCAGCGCGCGUUUCGGAGGAUAAUCUGCUGCGAGUCAAACAUGAACAGAAGCCGGGCAGCGAUCAACAUGAGCAAUUCAAUUCGGUGACGUCAUAGCUGGGGAUGUACCGCGCAUCAAAGCGAUCGCGAGUACUUUUUAAUCUACAAUCAUCGUCUACGUGUGAGCGGAAGGCGUAAACAUUUAAAGAAAGGGAUUACUAACAAGUGGACAAAGUCGGUUCAGAUUAACACAGUGAAAAACCAACCACGUUUCUUUUCUCAUUAAUAGAAAGUUCAAGCAAAUCGUUCAAUUUAAUUGUUUACUUCUUUCACCCUUCAAAAGACUGAUCCAAUAAAAAAAUUCAUUUAAGUUAA